AUGAAUCAAAGGCCUUUAUAUAGUACAGUAGUUGCUCGGGGACUGCCCUCGCAGACCUCUAGCACCUGUGCAUCUGCCGGCUUCCCCAGCACUAGAACCUCGAGGUCCAUCACUCUUGCCGGCAUACCUGAGGCUCCUCUAGCCACUCCGGAGAGGCCCAGCACUCCUCCAGUUGACGUUGCUGCCACUUCUUCUCUAUACUGGCCUCUAUCAAUUCCGCCCCCAGUCUACGAAAACGGAUGGGCUGGGCCACUACGAGGAGCAGCUCUGAGCUGUGACACAUAUUGCGAAAUCCGGCACGACGGUCCUCUCCGGUUGACAGACGAGAUGACCUACUAUCGCGUCCUGCAACACUUCCACCAAUGGCGCAAGGCGGCAGAUGCAUGUCCCUGGCCUCUUGUUUGCAAUCCGCGCCCCGAAGAGGUGGUGAGACCUAUAGACGAAGCCAGCUCGGAAUUUGCCAAAGGAGUUUGA